GAAGUUUCCAGACUUCAUGUGAGGCAGAGUUGCAAGAAUUGAUGAAGCAAAUAGAUAUCAUGGUGGCUCACAAGAAAGCUGAAUGGGAAACUCAAACUCAGACUUUGGAGUCUUGUUUAGAAUUCCGAGACCAGGAGCUGUCCUCCCUCAAAAAUGCAGCAGAGGAGAAACAUAAAGAGACUGAGAGAUUGUGCCAGAGAUUAGAUGAGAUGGAGCAACUGAAUCGUGAGAUGACUAUAGAAUAUGAACGUCAGUUAACAAAAGUCCAAAAUGAGUUAGCUAGGUUGAAGAGAAGUUACGAAAAAUUGAUGAAGAAACAGUUAAAAGGAACUAGGCAGUCUUCCAAGAGUCAAGACGAAGAUCAGUCUGAAAUAAAUAUUUUGUCAAAGAAAUUAGAGGAGUUCCAUGAAAAGUCUUUAGAUUGGGAAAAGCAGCGUUUGCAGUACCAGCAGCAAAUUGCUUCAUUGGAAGCACAAAGGAAGGCUUUGGCUGAGAAGUCUGAGCUAGUUCAGACUCAACUGUGCAGCCGGAAGCAAAUGUUUGAAUCUGUGGAACUGGCAAGCCAAUCUGAAAUCCAUCAUUUAGCCAGCAAGUUGGAAAGAGCCAAUGACACUAUUUGUGCCAAUGAAUUGGAACUGGAGAGAGUUAAUAUAAGAGUAGAUGAUUUGACUGAUACUAACCAGAACAUUCUGUCAGAACAACAAAAGCUUCUACACGAACUGAAACUUUCCCGGAACUCCCUAGAGGUUCUUCAUGAUGAAAAGAUGGAACUCAGGUCUACUCUGUUGUCUCAAGAGGACUUCAUUACGAAUUUACAGCUUUAUCAUGAACAAUUACAGAAAGAUUUGUCCAAGCUAACUGAAACUCUGAAUGUGAAAGAAACUCUUAUCAGGCAGCUGCAAAAGAAUACAGAAGCCAAAGGAAACUACUAUGGUGGAACAGAAUUAGAGAAGCAUUUAUGCCAGCAGUUUGAUGGCACUGAAGUGAUUCAACUUGAGGGCAGCUUGGGAUCUCCAGAUGGAAAGUGCAUCCAGCUAUCUGAAGAGCAAAAGGAGAAGUUACUGGAGCUUCGACUAACUGAAGAACAGCUGUGCAAAGCCAAGACCGAGAUAAAAAAAAUAAAGGAAGAGCUAUCCCGCAAAGAGCAAAGUCAUAGCCGAGAAUUGGAAGGAAUGAGGCUUGAGGUUACCCAAUUAACACGGGAACUGCAUCAACGUGACAUCACAAUUGCUUCUUCCUUGGGUUCUACUUUAAGCUUAGAGCAACAACUAAAAAUAGAGAUUGAAAAAACAGAGCAAAAGACAAUAGAGCACAAGGCUGUUCUGUCUCAGUUGGAAGCCCUCAGACAAGAAAAUCACCAUCUGUCAGAGAAGCUGCAGAAGGCAAAAAGUACUUCCUUUGCAGAAUUCCAGGAAAGUUAUAACAAGGCUUUAAAUAAAGUGGAACUUCAGAAUAAGCAUCUACAGAAAGAAUUAGCAGAAACUAGAACUAACUUAGAAGCUUCGUCUUGGGUUUCUCAGAGCAAAUAUGAUAAUAUUGUGCAGCAAUUGCAGCAUCAGGUGACUGAGAUAACAAAUGCAGAAAACAAAAGAAUGCAAGCACUGCAGUGCAAGCAUGAGGAAGAAAUGAAAGCACUUCAAGCUAAAUAUGACAGGACUGUUCAACAUUAUGAGGAGGAACUCCAGAGAGCAAAAUACUUUCCAUCCAGAAUGCUUUCUGUUUCUAGUACAGCUGCUGGACUACCUCAGCUCAAUGGAACAAACAGUAUCGAAUCUUUGCCUUAUGAAUCUCUGGAGAGAUCAGAUCUUUUGCUCUGUGAAGAUCCAGAAUUUUCUUACAUGGUAUCAAGAGAGUAUGAGAAAGACGUUUUACCUUUGAGUCCUCUGCCUACCACAAAUGUAGAUGUGAUUGCUGCAAAGUUCCUAGAAGAAGAAGAAGAAAGGUCCCAUCAUAUUUUGGAACGCUUAGAUACACAUAUUGAAGAAUUAAAAAAGGAGAGUGAAAGGACAGUACAACAGUUUACACACCAAAAGUAAUUUUGUUUUGGGGUUUGUGAAUCGAAGAGCUACUUCAUUUAUGCUGCUUUCUUUAGAGGAAAAACACAGUUAUUGCCCUCUGGAAGUAGGUUUCUCUGCUUCUUUGUCUUCGAGUAUUCAGGGACAGUGAAUUCAAAGAAAUGAAAUUUGUUUGUAGCAAAAUACUUUGUCUGAUUACAGUUAUUACACUACUAUAGAAAACAUUUCUAACUAACCUAGGGGAGCAUUCUGCUCCCCUAAAGUAAAGAGCAAGCUUCAGGAGUGGAUAGUGUUGCCCAUCUAAAUAGAGUAAAUAUUUUAUGUCUAUGCAUUCAGAAAUAAAAUUAUGUAGAAACUGUUAUUUUAUUUUAAUAUGAAUACAAAUCAUAUUGCUUAUCAUUUGAAUAUUAACUUUCUGUCUAUUUCCAACAUGCCAUGAAACAUGACAAGUGACUUGAGAAAAUGAGAAAAGAGAAUGCCAUUUUGCUUUUCAGGUUUUCUUGUGAAUAUUCUAUGUGGAUUUUAGUUGCCAUCAAACAUCAAAUUAAUGGCAUAGUAAUGGUCCUUUGUGUACUUUUAAAACAGUA